AUGCCCAAUUCUACCACGAUGAUGGGAUUUCUCCUGAUGGGGUUUUCUGAUGUGUGGGGACUACGGGUUUUCCAUGCCAUAUUCUUCUCUUUGAUAUAUUUGUUGACUGUGAUUGGGAAUUUUCUCAUUGUUAUCAUCACCACCUUGGACAAGAACCUUCACACUCCCAUGUACUUCUUUCUCAGGAAUCUGUCCAUCUUAGAUACAUGCUACAUUUCUGUAACAGUCCCUUAUUCUUGUGUCAACUCCAUGCUUGAUAGCAGUGCCAUUUCAAAGGGAGGAUGUGUAGCUCAGGUCUUUCUAGUAGUUUUCUUUCUAUACGUGGAGCUAUUGUUUCUCACUGUUAUGGCCCGUGACCGCUAUGUGGCCAUUUGCCAGCCUCUGCACUACUCUGUGAUCAUGAACUCUCGGGUCUGUGCCCAGAUGACACUGGCUUCCAUCCUCAGUGGUCUGGUGUACUCAGGAUUCCACACAGGCUACACCUUCAGAUUGCACUUUUGUCAUUCUAAUGUUAUUCAUCAGUUUUUCUGUGACAUCCCCUCCCUGUUGAAGCUCUCUUGCUCUAACACCUUCAGUAAUGAAAUGGCACUCCUUGCUUCUGCUGUGGGGAUUGCUGGAGGUUGUUUCAUCUUCAUCAUCAGGUCUUACAUUCACAUAUUCUCUACUGUGCUCAAGUUCCCUAGUGGAGCAAAUAGAACAAAGGCUUUUUCCACUUGCUUCCCUCACAUCGUCGUGGUGUCAAUCUUCCUAGGCUCAGUCUUCUACGUUUACCUAAGGCCAUCUGCAAUAUCUGCAACCAUCAAGGAUAUGAUCUUUUCUGUUUUCUAUACUACAAUCCCCCCCCUCUUCAACCCAAUUAUCUAUAGUCUUAUAAAUGAACAAAUAAACUGUGCCAUCAGGAAAAUCAUGAAGAAAAUAUUUUAG